CGGCGGUCGGCACCGGUUUAGGCGUACUCGGCGGCGUGGUCGGUGCUAUCGGUGCUGUGCUGAAGUCAGCCUCGGCGUCAAAGAAAACCGGAACGAUGAUCGACAGCUAUUCGUUUAAAAAAAACUAUUUGGAUAUCAGCAAACGCAUACGGAAAUGUACACCCUCUUGAGCGGAUUCUACAAAUAUCUCACACAAAAAGACGAAUAUUGCAUACUGAUACUAGGGCUGGACAAUGCUGGCAAAACGACAUACCUGGAAGCAGCAAAGACAAAGUUCACUAAAAACUACAAGGGGAUGAACCCGAGCAAAAUUACAACCACCGUGGGACUGAAUAUUGGGCAGAUCGACAUUGCUGGGAUACGGCUGAGCUUCUGGGAUUUGGGUGGGCAACAAGAACUGCAGUCAUUGUGGGAUAAGUAUUACUCCGAAUCCCACGCUGUGAUCUACGUGAUCGAUUCGAAUGAUCGCAUCCGUAUGAAUGAAUCAAACGAGGUGUUUAACCGUAUGAUCAGCAGCGAGUAUUUGUCCGGGAUUCCGCUGCUGGUGCUUGCGAACAAGCAGGAUUUGCCAGAUUGUAUGGGCGUACGUGAAAUCAAGCCUGUCUUUCAAGAGUCGGGCCAUCUGAUCGGUCGUCGCGAUUGUCUCGUGAUGCCCGUUUCCGCCCUCACGGGGGAAGGUGUCGAUGAGGGUAUCAAAUGGUUGGUCGAAUCCAUCAAACGCAACUCUAUUGUGCGCCCUCCGAAAACAGAAGAUACUUGAUUAUGUUUUUCGCCAUCGGAACCCUGGUUUACUUCGAUCUUGUGUCACGUCUGAUUGCUAUGUG